AUGAUUGGUGUUAAAAUGAAUACAUUUAAUGAUAAUGCUGGUGAACCAGAACAAGACGCUAACUCAGCUCUAACAGAGUUAGACAAAGGACUUCGGUCUGGAAAAGUUGGUGAACAAUGCGAAGCAAUCGUCCGUUUCCCCCGGCUGUUUGAAAAAUACCCAUUUCCAAUACUUAUCAAUUCAUCAUUCCUAAAACUGUCUGACGUAUUUCGUAUGGGCAAUAACUUCUUAAGGUUAUGGGUACUGCGAGUUUGUGAACAAAGUGAAAAGCAUUUGGAUAAAAUAUUGAACGUAGAUGAGUUUCUAAGGAGAGUUUUUGGUGUGUUACAUUCUAAUGAUCCAGUUGCAAGGGCAUUGGCACUUAGGACUUUGGGUGCUGUCGCAGGAAUUAUACCAGAACGGCAAAACGUACAUCACGCUAUACGGAGAGGCUUAGAGAGUCAUGAUAAUGUUGAAGUGGAUGCUGCUAUUUAUGCAACAACUAAGUUUGCAGCACACUCUAAUACUUUUGCAGUAGCAAUGUGCAAUAAGCUUUCAGACAUGGUUGAAUGUGAGAGUACAGGUGCUGAAAGGCGUGCAAAGCUGGUGAGAGCACUAAGGACUGUACAUGGAGGAGCUGUUAGAGCUCAAGGGGUGCUAAAACUUCUGAGAUCCUUGUUGGAAAAAUUUCCAUCCUCAAGUUCUGUUAGAGCGGCUAUCACAGCUCUCACUGCUAUCGCAGCUGACACUGUAGUUCAUGUACCAGACCAGGUCGAGCUUUUAUUAAGCCUAGCAAUGAAUGACCCCCGUUCAGGAGUACGUCGCGCGGCAUUGGUGGGUCUUCUAAAAUUGGCCGAACACGCAGCUCUAUGGUCAGCGGAAUCUAUACAGGAUUUAGUACGAGCUGCUACGGAGACAAAGGAUUCAGAUCAUACUAUGUUGUGCUUACAAGUUAUGCAGAUUCUAGUCCGUUGUCCGGCGGUGUGUACGGCAGCGGGGUGUCCCCGUGCAGGAUCUAGUGCCUUACGCCAGUACUGCGCAGACGCCACACUCAGUCUUGACACGCGACACGCUGCUAUCGCCGCCGAUGUCUUGACCAGGAUUGUCGUUCAUUGUUACGAAGAAACUUUACCAGUAGAGGGCGCAGAUUUAAUGUUGGCUCUAGAAUCUCUCGUCAUAUCUACGGGACAUGCUCCACAACAGAACAUAAGGCCACUGAGGAUUGCCUUGCGAUGUUUGGUUCAAUUAAGUACGGCGGAACCAAUGUUGUAUGCAGAGCGAACCGCCGCAGUAGUGGGAGCUCAAUUGUCAACGACAAGAGAAGAGGCCGGGGGCAAACGACAGGUGGCGCUGCUCGAGGCUUUGGCGGCUUUGGCUGGAUCGCACUGUGCGCCCGCGCUUCAGUUCUUGCUACCAGCUUUGGAGGCUACCAAGGAAGCAUCGCUAACUGACCCGUCCUACGAUGGUACAACGCUAGUGCUGAUCUGCACUGUCCUACUCCAAGAGAGAUCCAGAGCUGCCCUCGCUAUGAAGCUAAAUUCUUCUUGGAUGAAGAGGAUCCACGAUGCUAUUACCGGAGCCGAUGGCUGGACCAGAUAUAGGGUUGCAAAGGCGGCGUUAAGAUAUGGGCACCAUAACCUAGCGGCGGACAUAUUGAAACGUCUCUCCGAGGAAGCCCCAAGUGAGUCGGCUCAACGCUGGCUCAUAGCGCUCUAUAGGGCUGCCGCUGCUGAUGCUAAACUUUUGGAGGAUGGCAUCAGUGGGCUAGAAGAAGCAAGUGCCGGAUGGGAGGCAUUCGGCGACGCUGGGCUUUCCACUGGGCGUGGGGGGGUUUGCUCUACGGGCUGCGGGGGUUGUGCCGCUUGUUCUCCUCUGGCUGCAGCCUGGGCCAGUGCCAGGGCAACAGCUUUAAUGGCCUUGGCUAGAACCGCUGCGGCCGCAAGGGCCGUUUACACGCAGCCUCCACCGGCUAUUGCGCUUGCGCAUGCGCAGGCAGCCCGCGAUCCCGCCGCUCGUGCAGGCGCGUGCGUGACUGCGUUACGUCGCGCGGCACGGGCGCUCAACUCUUUAGCGCAACGAUACGGCGCCAUCUCCCGGACCGCCUUCCACGCUCAUCAUUCUACACACAGACUGUUCAAUAUUUCUCAGUACACGUACAGCCAGUUGGCUCAAUUCCUAGAACGGAUAACGAUGAGCCAAGUGGAAAGACCGGAACUCACUAACAAAGAGCUGAAGCCAACCAGUCUAGAAGAGUCAAUAGCUCUGUCUCCAUCGGUUGCUCUGGCGGAAAUAUCUGCCAAGCUUUUUGACAACCCUACCACUGGAUCCGGAAUUUCGCAUAGGCAUCUAGAAGCAGUUAUAGCGGCGGUACGCGCAUGUGCAGUGGGUGCAGUGUGGCCACGCUGCGUAUGCGCAGGCGGAGGCGCGGCAGCUCUUUGUCGUGUCUCCCUGUCCCCCCCUUGGAGGCCUCCGCCGGCUGAUCACGCUGCCACUUUGCCUCUGUCGCACAGGCUGGCCCUGAAUUUAGAAGGAGUCAUAUUGCCACCGCAUAGCAACAAGAAGAAACCAAUAAGACAAGUCAAAGGCGUACAGAUAACCGUGACAGCGACACCGCAUCCGCGGACCAAUGAAAAGACAGUGGAAUUAACAAACAUCCCACCAGUGUUGACCGCCGUUCAGACAGUAACCCCGAUACGAGAUUUCUUCUCCGCUCAGCAAUUGGUCAGUGUAAACGCGGCCGGGCUCUAUACGGUGGCAGUGGAAGCUGCUUUCGUCGACGAUAAAGGAGAGUUAUGGAAUACAGGGCCCAGGUCAUCUAUUGUGAUUAAGGCUCAUGAAGACCCAAGUACUAAGGGCAACGCACAGACCACUAGAAGUCGCUUUUAA